AUGAUUAGUGUAAUAUAUCAAAACGUCAAUAGAAUACGUACUAAAUUACCACAAUUGUAUCAUAAUAUAUUGAACUCCGACUAUGACGUAAUAUGCCUAACGGAAACCAACCUGAAUCAAGGUAUAUUUGACGGUGAGGUUAUAGACUCUCGUUACAAUAUUUUCAGAAAAGAUCGCUUGCAAUAUACUAAUUCUUCUAAAGAGGAAGGCGGUGGAGUAAUUCUUGCUAUUAAAAAGUCUUUUCGGGUUGUUCGGAGGGCAUGUUGGGACAGCAGUCUGGAGGAUAUCUGGAUCACUAUAAUAUUGAAUGCUUCUAGUUCACUUAAACUUCAUAUAUGUGUUUGUUAUCUUCCACCUGAUUUAAUUGUUUCAAAGUUAGACGAAUUCUACACAAAUUGUCAAAAUGUUUUGUUGAAUUACUGCCAGGAUGAUCAAUUCCUAAUCGUAGGAGAUUUUAACACCCCUGCAUAUUCUCCUAUAGGUCUCGUUAGUGAUGGGCCAUUACACACCCCACAUAAUAAGAAAAAACUGGUGCUCUUGCAAGAAUUUAUGUCACUUUGUCACCUAUAUCAGAGUAACAAAAUACCAAACGAAAAUGGUCGUUACCUCGACUUAGUAUUCUCAUCAAAUGAAACUCUAUCUGUUACUCAGGCCGAACCGUUGAGUUUAAAAGAUAAGCAUCAUCCUGCUUUACAAUUCCAAUUUCCUUUGAAACCCUACAUUGAUAAAGGAUUAAAUUGUUUAAAUAAAAAAAGAUUUAACUUUUGGAAGUGUGAUUAUGAAAAUAUUCGAUGCGAAUUAAGCGUGGUGAACUGGUAUGAUUUAUUGUCGAAUUCUGAUUUAGAUGUAUGCACAGACAUAUUUUACGAUAAGCUUUUUGAAAUUAUUAAGAGACACACUCCCUUUACUUCUGUAAAGCCCCAAAAUUAUCCCGUUUGGUACAAAUCAUUGUCGGAUAAUAUAAAACAUUUUUGGAAAUUCGUUAACAAUAGAAAGGGACAUUCCUCAAUGCCUCAAGUUAUGCAAUUGGGUGAUUCCUCUUCCUCUAAUGGCCGAGAUAUCUGUGAAAUGUUUUCGCAAUAUUUCGGAUCAGUGUUUCAAUCAGAUUCUGAGGAGGGUGAAUCAUCCAUAAAUCAAUCCGGCCGCAGUAAUGAGUUAUUCUCGAAUGGAGCGAUUAGCACAUUGUCUCAUAUUAAUAUUACCGAAAAAGAUAUUAUGAUGAAAAUCAAACAAUUGGAUGCCAAGAAAGGUCCUGGGCCUGACGAACUACCUCCGUUUUUCAUAAAAAAAUGUGCUAAUGAGCUAUGUACGCCGCUCUACAUUUUAUUUAAUAAAUCGCUAACACUGGGAGCCUUCCCUAAACGAUGGAAAAUAGCUCAUAUCAUUCCUGUGUAUAAAAGCGGAGAUAAGUCUCGUUGUGAGAAUUAUAGACAAAUAAGCAUCUUGUCAUGUCUUGCUAUGCUUUUGGAAUUGUUGGUUCACAAUCAGUUAUACAAUCAUUUUAAACCAAUCAUAUCUGAAAGGCAGCAUGGCUUUGUGAAAUCGAGAUCAACCGUGACCAAUCUUCUUGAAUACAAAAACUAUUUAUGUAAGAGCUUUGCGACAGGUGGUCAGGUUGACUCUGUCUAUACAGACUUUUCGAAAGCCUUUGACAAGGUCAGUCAUACUCAGCUUUGCAUCGAACUUGCCUCCUGUGGUAUUCACGGUAACCUCUUGCGAUGGUUGACGUCCUACCUAGACAAAAGAAGCCAGCUGGUGACCUUGAGAGGGUAUACUUCAUCUCCCAUUGCAGUGGCAUCGGGUGUGCCGCAGGGGUCACAUUUGGGACCUUUACUCUUUGUUGUGUUCAUUAACAGUCUUAUCGAGCGCCUAUCUUGUGAAUGUCUCUUGUACGCUGAUGAUUUAAAAAUAUUUAAAACUAUUGAGAACACCAACGAUUGUAAAUUGUUACAGAGAGAUUUAGAUACCAUUUCAAAUUGGUGCAAGGAAAAACUUAUGAAUCUCAACAUAGGCAAAUGUUUCGUCAUAACAUUCACUAACAAGUGUAAUAAGAUUGUUGUUGACUAUACUAUUGAAAACCAGGUCCUUAAAAGAUGUAAUGUUGUCAAAGAUCUAGGUGUUAUGUUUGAUGACAAACUGACUUUCAGAGCACAUUACGACCAUAUAACAAAAAGAGCAAAUCAGCUCCUUGGGAUGGCCCGUCAGUAUAACGAGGUGAUGUUAGAUAACCCUGAAUUUGAUAUUUUUAAUUCAAAACUUGGCUCCUAUAUUAAAAUAGUCAAAGACAUCCUGUACUGUGUUACAGGAGCAUAA